GAGCGGGGGCGGCAGGAAGAUGAGCAGCAAGAAAGGGGGUCCCAAAGCUGCACCAGGGAAGCGGCAAACAUACUCCCCUGCGGCGGAGCUGAGAGCUGUGGCUGGGCCAGACGCGGAGGACCGAGCGGCCACCGUCAUCCAGUGCGCCUUCCGGCGGCUGCUGGCCCGGAGGGAGCUGGCGCGCCGGCGGCGGGAGCGGCGGGACUACCGGCAGCGGAUGGAGCAGCUGCAGCGGGACGCGGACGAGCUGCUGACCCGCGAGGGCCUGGGCCACGACGAGGCGGGGGCGGCGCGGCGGCGGCGGCGGCGGGUGGCGCUGGUGGAGAGCCGGGACGCCGGUGGGAACACGCCGCUGUCGGAGGCGGCGGCCGGCGGGCAGCCCCUGGCCAUCCAGCUGCUGGCCGAGCAGGGCGCCAGCCCCAACAGCAAGGGCGCCUUUGGCCGGACGCCGCUGUACCGAGCAGCCUUCGGGGGACACCUGGAGGCCGUGGAGGUGCUGCUGAGGCUCGGAGCGGACCCGCGGGUGUACGCGGAUGACGGCAGCACCCCGCAGCAGGUGGCCUCCCUGGACACUGUAGCCCGUGUGCUGCAGUCGUGGGACCUGGACCUCACGGAUGCCAUGCUCCAGAGCAUGGAUGCUGAGAGGCAACGCCGGGCCCAAGAGGCUGAGCAGCAGGAGGAGGCAGAGGCCAGGCGCAUGAACCUAUACGUACAACAGCUGGCGAAGGCACAGCACCAGCGGCAAACGCAGCUGCAGCAGGCCUACUGUGAGCUCAACCGGAGGACGGAGGAGCACGAGGAGUGUGGACGGAGGGACCCGCGCCGCGCCGAGCUCACCCUGCAGGCCAUCAAGGAUGCGGAGGCCCGAGUGGACACGCUGCGGCUGCAGGCCCGGGAGGCUGCGGAGGCGCUGGCCAUGGCCAGGCUGGAGCUUCGGGAGCAGACGCAGGAGGGCGGGGAGGAAGAGAUGCCCGGGCUGAGAUGCCAGGUGCCCGAGCUGCACGACGUACUCAUGAAGGACGUGGGUGGCCGCAUCCGCGCUGAUGGCCGGUGGCCGCUCGUUAUCGACCCUUCGGGCCAGGCCGCCACCUUCCUGCGCUACCAGGACACCAACUACGUGGCUGCGGUGAACCCGGCGCACCUGCGGCCAGAGAGGCUCCGGCUGGCGCUGCUGGGGGCACUUAGGUACGGGAAGCCGCUGGUGUUCGACCUGUGCGAGGCGGACCUGUUCCCCGUGGUGCAGCAGCAGCUGGAGGCCGUGCGGCCGGGGCUGGCGCAGGAGCUGCUGGGCGGGGCUCUGCUGGAGCAGGGGCGCUACCUGUCGCUGCUGCGGCCGGCCGACGGGCCGGAGUACAGCCCCUCACGGUUCCAGCCCGCGCGCCUGGGGCGCUUCCGCGCCAUCUUCGUCACCACGGCCCAGUGGCCGCCGAUGGAGCAGCUGCAGGUGCUUCUCCCCGUGUGGGUGCUGCUCCCCGGCGGGGGCCUCUAGGGCCUCGGGAGCCCGCUGAGCGGGGCGCGGGCCCAGCCUUGCGGCGGCAGACAGAGGGAUAGACAGGAAGUAAAAUGUAGUCAAUUUUAUUCCUCUUAAGCCACAAAAUAGAGUCUUUGGUUGUA